CACACAACGCUCUGUGCUGGUAAGGUGGCGAAUGUCUCAGCAAAGAUGGCGGCGGGAACGGCGCUAUAGAGACGCUUUGUCCUCCGGGCGGAAGCCGCUCUUCUGUCGCUCAAGAUGGCGGCUGGCAUGUACCUGGAGCAUUAUCUGGACAGUAUAGAGAAUUUGCCUUUUGAACUGCAGAGGAACUUCCAGCUGAUGAGGGAUUUGGAUCAGAGGACAGAAGAUUUGAAGUGCCAAAUAGACCGGCUAUCCUCCCAAUAUAUGAGCAACGCCCGCACACUGAGCUCCGAGGAGAAGCUGCAGCUCCUCCGCCAGGUACAGGAGGCGUACGGCAAGUGCAAGGAAUACGGAGACGACAAAGUGCAGCUCGCCAUGCAGACCUACGAGAUGGUGAGUGACGGAGGAAUGGCGCUUUGUAUGUACCAUCCGCCAACCGGCGCGCAGGAGAGUCGCUCAUCUACCAAGGUUCAUACCCAUAUACAAAAAAAGAUCAUAAUAAAAGAUGAAGAAACAAAGUCCAUGAGGAAGCCGAAU